UGAGGUCAGGUCAACGUGACAGUCAGCGUGAAGGCUUCUCUAUUUUCAUUGUGAUUAGAGUGUACCUGCCUGACACUGUCCGUACAUAUAUAUGACCAAAGGUUACCUUCAACAGUACAUUGACGACCGUGUUCUGAGAUGGCCAGCAGGGCUGAGGAAGCCAUGAAAUGUGGCUUUGACAUGCCGCUUGUUACGUAUGAGGAACGGAUCACCACGACACUAAGCCUCCCUCAUCUUCUCACCAUGAAGACUCGUCGCUUACGUACACACUGGGUGUGGGAGAUUGUCAACAUGAUUGUGGCAGGAAAUGCUGAGUAUGCUAAACACUGGCAGAACCAUGCAUUCCUUGAAUACAGGAGUGAGGCACAGCUGGACGAGAUUCCAUCUCCUAGAGUCUUCUUUACGCAUCUCCUACCUAGACAGAUGCCGGAGGAGGUGUGGCAGCGGAAAUGUCACGUCAUCCACAUAGACCGUAACCCAAAAGACGCCAUUGUGUCUUUUUAUGUACAGCAGACAAACCAAAACUGGAUCAACAAGUCUAAACCUGCAGCGUUCACGGGCACGUGGGAUCAAUAUGUCAAUGCCAACAUCUUGGGAACUGUCACAUUUGACUCCAUUCUGGGUCAUGUCUUGGCAUGGAGCAGGAUCCCGGAACUGCACCCGGCUGUGCCCUACUGUCAUGUUCAGUUUGAGGAUCUGAAACAGGACGAUGUGGCUGAGGUAAGAAAGCUGUCGCAGUUCCUGGGACGGCCGCUUGCGGACAAGGUUUAUGUAGAGAUAGCAGAGGCCUGCAGGUUUGACAAACUGAAACAUGCAUCUGAAAACUUGAAGGAUCAAACCUUCCACAACAGGUGGAACAAGGGAUCGACUGGAUACUUCAGGAAAGGAGAGACUGGUGACUGGAAGAACUGGUUCACAGUGGCGCAGAGUGAUUCUUUUGACAAAGCGUAUGAAGAAACAUUUAAACAGAAAUUUCCAUACUGAACAUGUGUUAAUUUGACCUCCACAUUACGAAGAAGUAAUACAGUUUUUCUGAAAAAGACGUUUUUGUUUGUGGUCACGUGAACGUGAAGAGUCAAUUUAGCCAGAGACUGUGUUGGUGUUUUACAACCAUUACUAUGAGAGGUUAUCUCCGAUAUAAUGCCACGAUUGUAGAGUUGCGAACCUUAAUAGCACAAUGCCAAAAUUGUAGAGUUGCGUACCUUCAUAACACCAUGCC